AUGGGAUCAAUCCAAGAUAGCGAGCUUGUCCCAAAGCACAGCACCAUCUCCCCGGCGAUCUUUUAUUGGGGCACACCAGUCGUCCUUAUUACUACCGAAAAUCCUGACCUCAGCUUCAACAUAGCCCCGAUGUCUUCGGCCUGGUGGCUCGGAAAUCGCUGCAUGCUCGGCCUCGGUGCCAUCUCACAGACGACUAUAAAUCUUCUCCGCACCAAGCAGUGCGUUCUCAACCUCCCUUCAGACAGCAUGACAGGGGCCGUCAACGCUCUCGCGCGAACAACGGGCUCUGAGGAGAUAUUGACCGCAAAACCGGAUGAAGGGUACAAAUAUUUCAAGAGAAUGAAUGGAUAUGCAUACGUUCAUGACAAGUUCGGUCAUGCAAAGUUGACGCCGCUCAAAUCGGAUUUGGUUCGCCCAGCCAGGAUUAUGGAGUGUCCGGCCCAGAUGGAGGCGGAGCUUGUUGGGGUCUAUGAGAUGAUGCAGGAUGCUGAUACAAAAGGUUUUAUUGCGCUGGAGGUCAAGGUGUUGAGGACACACGUCCAUGAAGAAAUUAGGAUGGAUGGGAAGGAAAAUCGGGUUGAUCCUGAUAAGUGGCGCCCAAUGAUUAUGAGUUUCCAGGAGUUGUAUGGGUUGAAGUGGAGAAAGAUUGAUGAUUCGGUGUUGGCAAGGAUUGGAGAGGAGGAGUACAGGGGAUUUUCUAACGCCGCCGAAGUUGAGGCGGUAAACUAAUUAGACAUACACUAGAUGGUAGACGUUGAGGAUUUAAAGUGUGUUGAAAAGCAGAGAAAAUGGGAAAGAUAGAAAUA